CAUGAAUCCCGUCUGCGACUACAUUUCCUCAUUUUCAAAAUACAUUAAAACAAUGAAUAACGCUGGAACUCAAACUAUUUAUUACAAAUAUGAGUUAAGCGGUAGCUUUUAUAUUUGCGUGAGGAACCGGAAACUUCUUUCUUUUCUGAAAGUAUCAUCUUUGAGCGGGAAAAGCGGGCCGCUCUCACUCGUUUAAAAAACGGGAAGCUCAUAGCUAUUGGCCAGAAAGACCACGUCACGCUGAGACGUAAACACAUCAGCCAAUCAAAUGUUUCUAAAACCAGAAGCGCGAAAUGCAGGAGUAGCUUAAAUAGCUGAGCUGCAGCAGCAGACGAACACGUUAUUCUGUCUCAGAAAACGAAUUCGAGAGAAUGGCAAGAACCAAGCAGACGGCUCGUAAGUCCACCGGUGGUAAAGCCCCGAGGAAGCAGCUCGCCACCAAAGCCGCCCGUAAGAGCGCUCCGGCUACCGGCGGAGUCAAGAAGCCUCAUCGUUACAGGCCCGGCACCGUGGCUCUGAGAGAGAUCCGUCGCUAUCAGAAGUCCACCGAGCUGCUGAUCCGCAAGCUGCCCUUCCAGCGUCUGGUGCGAGAAAUCGCUCAGGACUUCAAGACGGACCUGCGCUUCCAGAGCUCCGCUGUCAUGGCCCUGCAGGAGGCCAGCGAGGCUUAUCUGGUCGGUCUGUUUGAGGACACCAACCUGUGCGCCAUUAUAAACAUGUCUGGAAGAGGCAAAGGUGGUAAAGGACUCGGAAAAGGAGGCGCUAAGCGUCACCGUAAAGUUCUUCGUGAUAACAUCCAGGGAAUUACUAAACCCGCCAUCCGUCGUCUCGCUCGCCGCGGCGGAGUCAAGCGUAUCUCCGGUCUGAUCUACGAGGAGACCCGCGGUGUGCUGAAGGUGUUUCUGGAGAACGUGAUCCGUGAUGCGGUGACCUACACCGAACACGCCAAGAGAAAGACCGUCACCGCCAUGGACGUCGUGUACGCUCUGAAACGACAGGGACGCACUCUGUACGGCUUCGGAGGUUAAACGAUCGUACUGUCACAAACCGCUCAAAGGCUCUUUUAAGAGCCACCCAAAUCUUCAAAAGGAGCAAGUUUUGAGAUGUGUUUUGCGUGUAAGACUUAUGAAAACAAAGUUACAUUAAAUCAUUCUGGAUAUUAUUAAAAUUCGAUUACGCACUUUC